UCUAGUUCUGGAAAACAACACGGAGAAUUCCACCGAGACGCAGAGUCGGCCGCGAUGAAUGCGCCAUCAGGGAGCCGUCAGGUCACCCAAGGACAAAGCUGCUGCCCGUCCUUCCCAGUCGGACGUGGGAGGGGGACGGACGGACGCAGCGCCGGCGGCCGGGGACGUGCGCCACACGGACUCCGAUUACAAUCCGGGGGCGACUCGUUCGACCCAAACUCAAGGUCAACGGACCACACACACAAAACACUCAGAGCCGCCACAGGCCCGGGCGCACGCCGGCGCCUCAAGCACAGCAGCGACUACGAAGCCGUGAGGGGGGACUCUAAUAAAAAAAGCACAUUCUUCGAAAGACAAAUCGCCGGCCAACGCAGCGGCUGCCAGAUAUACAUCUGCGUGGGCGCAACCAUGCGGGCAGCCAAAGGCAUGGUGCUGAGGGGGACGGCGGCGGGUCGAGGGCCGAGUGGUGAUGCGACACACCUGGAAGGCGAGUGCGGUCGCCCUGGGCAGCUCGGGAGGAAACCCACGCCCGGCCGACGCCCGUGCCGGCUGCGGGCAGGCUCCGGGCGCUCCUGUACCCGCGCGGAGUUGGGCCGCGCCACUUCCUGCUUGUCCCCGAUCGCUGGCCUCCUCGGCUUACCUCGCAGGAGCCAGCAGAAGCACUGGACCGGCCAGGAGCCGGCCCCCCGGCGCCAAGGCCGGCGCGCCGCGGCACGCCUCAGGCCGCCAUCUUUGCUCCUUCAGAAGUCCUCCAACCCUGCGGGGUCCGUUUCCGCCAGCCUCGGCCCCUCGGCACUGAUUGGAGAACGACUUGCGCAGGCGCGCUCUCCUUCCGUUGGAGGAUUUAAGUUUUCAAACCAUGAGAUGACUGACUGACCUUAACAAAUUCUGUGAAAGAUAUAGCACUGUCCCCAUCUUGAUCAGCCUCCUGGAUGGUCCUGUCUGCGAUGCUGCCUAGCUGUUCAUCUGAG